UCCCGGCCCGUGCGGGCGCGAGGAGCGGCCCAGUCUGCAGCGCGGCCCCCGGGGAAUCGCCCCGGCCCGGCGGUGAGUGGGGGCGCCGGGGAGACCCAGAGUCGCGGCGAGAGGCGGCCCCGGGGCGGGAGGGAAACAGACGCAGCAGCAGAGGCGGGACAUCGCUCCCUGGAGGAAGCGGCAGAGCGAGAGUCCAGCGGCCUUUGCAGGGACAGAGCUAAUGGAGGGAGCUCUGGGAAUGGAUGGGAAACCGGGAUCUUUGUCAGGUCUGAACGUGGCUAUCGCUCCAGGCGUGGUGAGCCGAGGAUGAAGAAGGUGUCAAGGAAGAGCCAGAAUGAGAAGUACCGGCUGAAGUACAGCCGGCUGCGCCGGGCAGCCAAGGCCAUGGUGUUCGAGAAUGCAGCACUGUGCGAUGAAAUUGCCCGGCUGGAGGAGAAAUUCCUGCGGGCGAGAGAGGAGCGUCGAUUCCUCUUCACCAAGCUGCUGCAGCUGCAGGCGCUGGCAGCCGAGGAGGAGAGCCCGGCGGUGCCCCUGGGGGGCAUUUCAGCAGGGUACAGCGUGGCACCAACGCCUGGCCCAGAUGAGCCAGCACCUGCGGGGAAGCGGCCCAAGAAGGGCAAGGAGAACGGGCGUGCGGCCAAGCGGCGGGCAGCGCCAGACAGGGGGGUGCGGCGGCUGGUGCAGCCAGUGCCGCUGGACCCCUCGGGUCGGCCUGUCUUCCCCAUCGCGCUGGGCGGGCUGACGGUCUACAGCCUGGGGGAGAUCGUGGCCGACCGGCCAGGCUUCCACGAUGAGGGGGCCAUCUACCCAGUGGGCUUCUGCAGCACCCGGGUCUACGCCAGCAUGCGGCGCCCUGACCAGCGCUGCCUCUACACCUGCCAGAUCAAAGAUGGUGGGGCAGGCCCCCGCUUCGAGAUCGUGCCUGAGGAUGAGCCGGGCAGUGCCCUGGCAGGCACCACGGCUGACACCUGCCACACCCAGCUGCUGGCGGCCAUCAGUGCUGCCCGGGGGCGGCCCUACCCUGAGCUGGAGCCAGCCGGGGCUGAUUUCUUUGGCUUCUCGCACCCGGCCGUGCACAACCUGAUCCAGAGCUGCCCCGGGGCCCGCAAGUGCGGGGCCUACCGCUGGGUCCGCUUCGAGGUGUGUCGUCCCGGGGACGGGCAGGUGCCUCAGGGGCUGCCCGACAACUGCGCCGCCACCGACUUCCAGUCCUUCCGCCGCCGCGCCCAGGAGGAGGAGGAACGGGACCGCGGAGGGGGCGGGCCUGGGGGGCGCGCCCUGGGGCUGACCCCUGCCCAGGCCUUCACUUCCCCCCGCUCCUACGGGGACGUGUUCCUGAGCCGCCCUCCCGCGUCCCCCAGCCAUGGCAGCCCCGAUGGCUCUGAUGACUGAGACCCCGUCUCCCCCUCGACCCUGGUGUGGCCUCCAUGGAGCCCCUCCCCCCUCCCGUUAUGGCCUGCACAGCUCUUCCCAUGGAGCCCCCCCCCUCCAUCCCAGCGCAGCCCCCCUGGCGCCUCCCACUGAGCCCCUCCAUCCGUGGCAGCCCUGACCACUGAGACCUCCAUCUCCCACCAACACAGCAGGGCCCCACAGCUCCUUGCACUGACUCCCCCCUCCCCCCGUGUGGGCCUCACAUGCCCCUGGCAUGAUCCCGACAGCUCCUCCCACUGAGGAGCUCUCCACCCCAGUAUAACGCCACCCCAGCAUAACGCCCCCCCCCCCCCCCCCCGCACUGCUGGCCCUGGUGGUGGUGCUUUCUGUGGGAACGUGUGCAGCUGACUCCAGGUGGGGCUUGUCCCCGCCCUGUGUGAACACUCUGCUCACUAAUAAAGAUGAUGGUGGAAGCCACA